AUGCAGGGCAGUGUUCCCUGAGGACCAGGGUUGGGAAACAUUAAAGACCCUGAAGGUUCCUGUCUUGUAGUCUCUUUUAAGGCCUGGAAGAUUCCUGUCUUGUAGUCUCUUUAAAGGCCCUGAAGGUCCUGUCUUGCAGGCUCUUUGAAGACCCUGAAGGUUCAAGUCUUGCAGGCUCUUUAAAGACCUUGAAGGGUUGUUGUCCUGCAGGUUGCUGAAGAUUCUCGGGUGACGGUUCCUCCAUGGAGCAGCUCCUCGGUGGUGACAGCAGCUCCUUGUGGUCGCUGGCCCUUUAAGAGCAGCGGGAGGAGGAGGCGCGGAGCAUCUUGGCUGCGGUGUUUUUGUCUCCCUGUCAGUGAGCGCUCCUGGGCCGAGGCGGCUGCAAGGAUUUCCAUAGGGCAGGUGCUGCUGCUGCUGACUGUGACAGAGCGAGUGAGGAAGAGCCUGGGGAGGAGCGAUCCUGUCCUUGUGGUGCGAGCAGCUGGUGAGAGCUGGUGGAUGAGUGUUUGAAAACCAGCCACAGGCUCAUAAUGGCUCAGGUGCUGCACAUGGACCCCGGCUUCCCAGGGAAACUCAACCCACCUGCUCCCUCUUCUCUGCACGGCAAAGAACAGGAGGCACCUUACUCAGUGGAGACCCCCUAUGGUUACCGUCUGGACCUGGACUUCCUCAAAUAUGUAAAUGACAUAGAGAAGGGAAACACAAUCAAGAAGGUCCCUAUACAGCGCCGGCCGCGUUAUGGCUCGCUGCCCCGUGGCUACGGCUACACCGGCUCCUGGUGGACAUCCACGGAGUCUUUGUGCUCCAACACCAGCAUGGACAGCAGGCACUCCUCAUUCUCCUACUGUGCUCCAGGCUUCCACACGUCGCAGAGGCCCAACUUCAGCACGGCCCGCGUGGAGAAGACCCUGCUGGACGCACGCAGGAAGCUGGAAGAGGAGAAAGAAGGACGUAGAUUCUCCAACCUGGGCAGCAUGCACAGCAGUGUCGCGGGCUCCAACACCUCCAUCAGCAGCGCACACAGCUUCAACCGGGCGCAAGGUGGGGGAGGAUCUUUCACUCCAAUGAGUUCUGGCCUGUCCACCCCAGUGACGCCAACACCAGCACACCUACAGCAUGUCAGGGAGCAGAUGGCAGCAGCGCUCAGGAAGAUCCGGGAGCUAGAGGAGCAGGUGAAGACCAUCCCGGUGCUCCAGGUGAAAAUCUCUGUGCUGCAGGAGGAGAAGCGGCAGCUCAGCGUCCAGCUGAAGAGCCAGAAGUUCCUGGGCCACACUCUGGGUUUCAGUCGAGGUCGUCCCCGAGGAGAGCUCUACAUCGACAUCCCCGAAGAAGAACUGAGCACUGGAGCGAAGAGUAGCAACAAAUCAGCGGAGCCACUGUCUCCCACCACACCCGAGGCCUCCAAACAAGACUCCGGGUGCGAGAUCGAGGACACGGUGAUUGUCGGUGGAGCCCGGCCGGAUGCAAAGCGGGAAGUGCGCACCAUCGGAGUGGGACCAGAGGACUCGAGGGGCAGCCGUCAGGUGGGAGUCGGGGUUCGGGAGCAGGACCUGGGGCUGCUGCCGGAGACGGAGGUUCUCAGGAACCAAGUGGGUCAGCUAGAGGGAAAGCUACAGAGGACAAUGCAGGAGCUGCAGGCUGCUCAGCAGCAGGUCACGUCAGUCCAGAAAUCUCCUCAGGCGGAACACCCCGUCAUGGCGACCAGCAUGGGCUGGCAGGAGGCACAGGGCUGCAGCCUGCACACUCUGGUCACCUUCACACAGCAGCCGCAGCAGAGGGAGCAGAGGACUGUGGGGAUCCAGGUGUACACGUCAGAGCAGCCCACUGUGGUGGAGGUGGGAACGCUGCUCCGAGCAGAGACGUGCAGCUCCCCCUCGCUUCAUCUAGCAGGCGGACGGUCAGAGAGCGGCCACAGAGAAGACGCUGCAGGUGUGGACUCAGCCGAUGUUCCCGUCGAGUUGCCCAUCGCCGUCACGUCCAAGCAGGUGCGCGACGUCCUGAGGAGCGAGCUGUCCACGUCGGUGCCUGUAGCCAGUCCUGCCGUCGUCGUCGGCACGACGAUUAAUCAGAUUAGUUUGACGCAAACAAGAGGCGGAGAGACGCACCUGCACACGAGCGCGACAGAAGCCGCGAAAACUGUCUCGUCUCCUCAGUCCCUGAGGUCCAUUAUGAAGCGGAAAGCAGAAGGUGAACCGGGUUCUCCCUCCACUAAGAAAAACCUACAGUUUAUUGGGGUCAACGGAGGUUAUGAAUCCACAUCGUCAGACGACAGCAGCAGCGAGAGUUCAGACGAGGGCAGCGAUUCCAGUGAAUAUCACGAAGCCAGAGAAAAACUGCCAGAGUCCGCAGUCCUGCACCAGCAAACAGCCAGCACCGAGGUUCCUCAGCCGCGGGAAACAAGCAACACCGUACCUCAGCAGGCAGUCGAACCAGCAACCGUCACUCCAGAAGCACAGCAGAGUCCCAGCCAGUCUGCAACUCACGCCUCAUCACUGCCAGACAAAGUCCCUCAGUCACCAGCAACGGACACUGUUGUGCAGCAGGAAUGUGCCUCACAGCCGCUGCCGCCGCCGGCCGCUGGCCACACCCCGACUCCUCCGUGUCCAGCGAUGUCUGCUGCCUCUGCAGAAUCCUCCAGCCAGUCGUCAGAGACGCUCACAGCCACCUCCACGUCGCCGAGCUCCACUCCCGAGCAGCACAGCUCUGAAAACUCCACGGUCAAUUCCUCUCCUUCACCGAUGUCUGUCACAACGACCUGCGAGGUCACCGAGCGGCAGUGCGGCGUCCAAUCGGAGACGAAGCCAGCGGGUGACAGUGGCACGGAUGACGGCACAGCAGUGCCAGCCAAACAAGUCAGACUGAAACUGAGCGACGCCCUGAUGUCGGCCCUUGUUGCCCUGCAGAAAGCUCUGGGAGAACCCAACGCCUUCAGCCAACAAGGAGCAAGGGCAGCCUACACCACCGUGCUGCAGGAGUGGCUGCGCGUGUCCUGCCACAAGUGUGCCGACACGGCCGUCGUCCGCGCCCACAUGGACGCCUUCGCCUCCGUCUCUCCGCAGCUGCUGGAGUUUGUGAUCAACAUGGCGGACGGCAACGGGAACACGGCGCUACACUACACCGUCUCCCACUCCAACUUCCCCGUGGUAAAGCUGCUGCUGGACACGGGUCUGUGUAACGCUGACAAACAGAACAAAGCAGGCUACACGGCGAUCAUGCUGACGGCACUGGCUGCCUUCCACUCUGACGGUGACCUUCAGACCGUCCUGCAGCUGCUGCGCACAGGGGACGUCAACGCCAAGGCCAGCCAGGCCGGUCAGACUGCACUGAUGCUGGCGGUCAGCCACGGUCGCGGUGACAUGGUGCGGGCACUGCUGUCCUGCGGGGCUCAGGUCAACGUGCGCGACGACGACGGCUCCACGGCGCUCAUGUGCGCCUGUGAACACGGUCAUGUGGACAUUGUGCGUCAGCUACUGUCGGUGCCGGGCUGUGACGCCACUCUCACUGAUAAUGACGGCAGCACGGCACUGUCCAUCGCCCUGGAGGCCAGCCAGAACGACAUCGCUGUGCUUCUGUACGCUCACCUAAACUUUGCAAAGCCUCCUUCACCUGUUUCACCUAAGUCUCCUCUCUUGGGCUCCUCACCUCCUUCUGGUGAAAUGAAAUAAAAACCACACUCACUCUACAGCCAAUGACAACCCACUGCAACGUCUGCAUUUCACUGUCACAUUUCCACUGUCGUUUAGAAACAAAGCAAACAUUCUCUCUGUGUAUGUGUGUUUGUGUACGUGUGUAUGUGUGUGUUUGCUCUCACUCUCCAUAAUUGAAGCACAAGGUAACAAAGUUGUGGACUGUUUUCUCUCUGUGGUUUAAACUCCAAUUUAAACUCACAAUAAUCAGUUUAUACACCAUUCAUUACACACAUGUUUAUAUUUCAUGACAAUCUCAUAACAGUUACUUUAUCAUUUUUAAUCUGUGUAUGGUCAUUUUGUGUGUGUGUGUCGUUCACAGUCAUUUGGAAUAACGAAAGCCACGCCCCCUACUAGAUAAGUGUCCUUGCAUUAGCAAAGUCAUUGGUGCUACAAAGAUGUAACACCAGUCCAAACAAUAUGUUAAUAUUUAUACACAAGAGUAUUUUUGAUAUUUUUUUAAAUUCAGACUCCAAGGAUUAUGAUUUAUUUUUUUUUAUUAACUUUGAAACGUUUUUAACCAAUUUUCCCAAAAACGUAUAUUUCUCUCUCAUUUUCCGUGACAAUAUAUGUGAUGCUAACAUCAGUGUAUGGCAUUCACCUAAAAUCAUUUUUUAAAAGGUUUUUACAAGAUUUUUUUUUCGGGGUCUAUUCUUACGAGAUUUUUUUUUGUUU